AUGUGCUGGCUGCUGGUGCCCUGAGAGGCCCUGCACCACGUGGCAGUGACCAGGGCCACUCACGGCAAUGAGACAGCUAGCACCUACCUGGCCCGGCACCGGCUGCAGGUCCCAGGGGAGGUGCAGAGACUCAGCUUCUCCACCAUGCCUGUGCUGCUGGCCAACCCGCUGGCCUCAGCUGCCUGCUGCCGCUAUGUGGGCCAUGACCUCAGUCAUGCCUUCACCGGGUCCUUCCUAAAUGCCAGGGCCAACCCGGAUGACCCACAUGAGGUGUCAAGGGCCAGAGACCUGAACCAGCUGCUGGGGCCCAGGGCCUCGGGCCGGCCUUCACUUAUCCCAGACCUUCCCAACACCACGGCCUCACCUGGAAGGGCCCUGAGCUCCUGGCCAGGUCAUCCCGCACCAGUGGCGCCCUGGAGCUGCGCCCUGGCCUCAAGCGUGCUGCGGGCCAACCUUUUCACCAGGAUGAGGGUCCUGGUGGCCGCAGCUGUAGACUUCAUCGAGCUGUUCAAGAGACCCCCGGGGGAUGGGCUCACAGACCCAGCCUCCUGCACAGGCAUGGAGAUGGAAGCAUAUGGAACCGUAGGCAGCGUGGACUUCCCACGCACCGAGGCCGGGGACCUGGCCGGCACCGUGCACCCUCAGCUGCGGGACUGAGACUUCGAGCCACUGCGGCCUGGAGCACCCAUCUUCCAGAUGUUCAGAGGUGAGGACGUGCUCUGUGAGGGGGAGUCCACCAUGGACCCUGUGUUCAUCAACAAGGUUGCCUACUACGAGGAGGGCAUUGCCUUCAUCCAGACUGAGAAGCUCACGUUCUCCGUGCCUGCCCUGCCCGCACUGGCCUCCACCCCGCCAGGGUCCCUAAUCCAGGCCACACCUGCCCGGCCUCAGCCCGCCCUUCUGAACAUGCCCAGCGGGAAGAUCCCAUAG